CGUCUCGCCGCGCACCAUCUCCGGCAAGCUAGCGCGAAUGGUGUCACCAAGCAAGAGCGGUGGGUAUGGAGGAGGCGGAGGCGGGGGCGGGGGCGGGAGCACUGGCGGCAGCAGCGCCGGCCAGCGGCAGAGGCGGCGAUGGCAGCUGCCGCACGACCCGAGCCCCAGCGCCGGAGGCGGGGGCGGCGGGGGUGGCGACGGGAGUGGCGGUGAGAGCGCAUCGCCGCAGCGGCGCCUGUUCGGACCGGAGGAGGGGGCGGGGGAGCAGGGAUGGGGAGGUGGCGCGGGAGCGGGAGAGGGAGAGGGAGCGGGAGAGGGAGCGGGAGGGGCGCAGCAGGGGCACAAUGAUGACGGCGGUGAUGGUGACGGCGGGUCGGUCGCGGGCGAGGGCGGCGGCGCCAAUUGGCUACUGACGGCGGCUGUGGUGCUCAAGGCGGCGCUGGGUGUGGGCGCACUGGCGCUGCCCGGCGCCUUUGCGCGGCUGGGCUGGCUGCCUGCGGGGGCGGUGCUGGGGGCGCUGGCGGCGGGCUGCGUGUACAGCGGCUCGCUCUACACACGGCUCGUGGCACUGCCGCUCACCUCCCCCUCCUCCUCCGACACCGGCCACUCACCAGAGGACCACACCAGCCCCACCACCACCACCACCAGCCCCACCGCCACCACAACCGCCAGUCGCUCCGAGCAGCGGCGCGCGGAGCGGCAGCGGCGCGCUCUGGCUCAGCGGCGGCGCGCGGCGGCGGCGGGGCAGCCGCUGCUGCUGCACCGGCUGUGCCGUGCGGCGCUGGGCCGCUGGGGCGAGCUGGCGGCGGUGCUGACGGCCUAUGCUACCAUACUGCUCAUGCCGGCCAUAUUCCACAUCACAGCAGUGGAGGCGCUGGGGCAGCUCUGGCCUGGCGGCGGCGGCGGCGGCGGCGGCGGCGGCGAUGGUGGCGGCGGCGGCCCCUCGCUGCUGCUGACCGGCCUGGUGGUGUUGGUGGCGGCGGUGUCGCUGGCGCAGCUGCAAAGCCUCACGCAGCUGGGCUGGACGUCGGUGCUGGGGUCGGGCGCCAUGGCUGUAGCAAUGGUCAUCACUGCCGGCAAGCUGGUGCUACAGCCGCCGCCAGACUCGGAGGGCGGGUCCAGCCUGCUGCUGCCUGCUACAGCCACUGGCGGCGCUACAGCCGCAGGCGGCGCUAUAGCCGUUGGCGGUGGAGGCGGAGGCGGGGCAGGUGUUGCUACUGCCAUGGGCUGGGCGGCGCUGGCGGCUGGGGGGGCCGGGGGUGGCGGCGGCAAUGGGGCCCGCGGCACGCAGUGGGUGGCCACUGGGGGCUGGAGCAGCGCCAUGGUGGGAGUGAUGAACAUAGUGUUCGCAUUCGGCGGGCAGGAGAACUGGAUGCGCUUCAUCAGCGGCAUGAAGCACAGGUCUCAGUUCACGGCCUCCGUCGCGCUGUCCACCGGCCUGCUGGCGCCGCUGCUGGCCGCCCUGGGCGCGGUGGGCUACGCCACACGCGGCCCCGACCUGGACCCGAGCCGCCCCAUCACCUCGGAGCUGCGCCGCGACGGCUGGUCGCUGGCGAUCAACGGCUGCGUGUUGCUGAGUGUGCUGAUCAGCUACCAGAUAAAUCUGAAUGUGUGGAGCAAGCUGCUGCUAGGUCUGUGGGGGCCGCGCAGCAUGCGGGGCGAGGGCGGGGGCGGAGGCAAGAAGGGCGGAGGAGGAGGAGGAGGAGGUGGGGGAGGGCGCGAGGAGCAGCACCUGCACGACCGCCGCUGGCAGCAGGAGCAGCAGGAGCAGCGGCAGCGUGAGGCGGACGUGAGCGGAGUGCCGCUGGUGGCGGGCUGGGCGGCGGCGGUGGCGGCGGCGGAUGAGGAUGAGGCGGUCGUGCUGCCCAUGCCACCGGUAGAGCGAGCCGCGGCGGCGGCGGCAGCGGCGGCGGCGGCCGCAAAGGCUGAAGUGGCAGGCGCAAAGGCGCCGUCGGCGCCUGCAGGAGCACCGGCAGGCAAGGCCGGAGAUGAUGGCGGCGGCGGCGGCGGGGGCGGCGGUGUUGAGGGAAGGGAGGACCUCAGCCCAGCUGACCCAAUGGCAGUCUUUGGCGGCGGCGGCAGUGGCGGCGGCAGUGGCGGCGGCGGCCAUCCUGACACGAGGGGCACUGGCGACCAGUCCGGGGCGAAGGCGAGGUGGGCUGCGGCUGCGGCGGCGCUCAUGCCGCACACGCUGCCAGAUCCAGAGCUGGGGCCGGCGAUUGUGAUUGCGCCGGCGGCGAGUGCGGCGGCGGCGGCGGCGGCGGCGGAUCGCGAGGGUGGUGAGGACGAUUCAGAGGAUGUUGCCGAGGGGCCGGGCACACCAGGUGCGGAAGACGACACUGGCGGUGUGCGUCAGCCGCUGCUGGGGGGUGCGCCGCCUCGGCACCGCCACGCCCGCAGCAGCCGCAAGCGCCCCUACCGCCGCAGCUACAGCCAUGGGCACGGGCACAGCUACAGCCACGGCCACAGCCACGGCCACGGCCACGGCAGCGCCUUUGGGGAGUCCUCACCGGAGGACGACUCCGGCCCUUCGGAUGCCCAUUGGCCUGCCGGACGCAGCCGGACGCCGCAGCCGGACCCCGGCGCGCAGCGGUUGCUGUGGCUGCUGCUAACCGCCUGCGGCGGUUGCUACGGUUACGCGGCGGGCAUGCUGCUCCCUUACUUUUCGGAGGUGGUUGCAGUUAUCGCGUCGGUUGGAGAUCUGGCGCUUGUGCUGGGGCUGCCGUGCGCCUGCGCGCUGAGCCUGCUGAGCCUGCGGCGCAGCGAGCGCGUGCUGUGCUGGGUGCUGGUGGUGGGCGCUGCGGCGCUGUCGUGUGUGGGGGCGGCGCUGUCGGUGCAGAGGCUGGUGGCGCGAGUGCGGGAGGGCAGCGGCGGCGGCAGCGGGGGGUAGUGGGCGCGGCGAGGCUGCGAGGAGCGAGGUCGGCGGAAUGGAGAGCGGCGGUGAAUGUGGGCAAGAGAUUGGGGAAUGGGCAUGAGGUGGAUUGGCGGGGGCGGACCGGAUGCCGCCGUGUAGCAGCGGGGUGCUGUUGCGGUCACUGUAGCGUACGCGGGGCAAGUUGAAAGCUGCAAACAGAAUAGGGCGGGGAUAGGGUUGUUUCCAGAUAUCAUGCGGCGUCCUGUGUUGCGGCGUGCGGCACCAGUGUGUAGUCGGAGUUGACAGAUUGCAAGGUGCAGUUGCGGGGGCCGUUGCCCUCUGACAGCGGUC